AAACCAGAAAACGAAAUCGAAAAAUUAAAACUUGGUGAAUAGAAUCGAUCGUUAAAAUCCUAAGAAUGGAUCCAAAAUCGGCCGAGUUUACAGCGGAUAAUCCGCUUCACAUCUUAGGAUUCGAAUUCGAAGAGCUAUCCGCCACCAGAGUCUCCGGCCGCCUCGCCGUAACUGACAAAUGCUGCCAGCCGUUCAAAGUCUUGCAUGGCGGCGUAUCCGCUCUGAUCGCGGAAGGACUCGCCAGUCUCGGCGCCGGAAUCGCAUCUGGCUAUAAACGUGUAGCCGGUGUACAUCUGUCCAUCCACCAUAUCCGACCUGCUGCCCUCGGUGAAUCCGUCUUCGCCGAAUCUUUUCCGGUCUCCGUCGGCAAAACUAUACAGGUAUGGGAGGUUCGGCUAUGGAAAACCAAGGAAACGGAGAAGAAGAAAAUGAUAUCAACAUCCCGUGUUACUCUCUUGAGUGGUUUACCUGUACCGGACCACGCUAAAGAUUCUUUGGACCAGCUCAAGAAGUUUGUAUCCAAGUUGUAAUUUUCAUUUUGUAUCUCUCUGACUCUCACAGCCUUGUUUGCUGGGAAUAAAGAACGGUUUACUAGUUUGGUGGUUGUAUUGUAUUGUAUCUACCAAACGAUUACAUAAAUUU